AUGGACGAAAGGCUUCCCAUGGACAUCACCGUCGAGAAUGCCAGAAGAGUGAAGAACUGGCUGGGUAGCCUUCCGGUCAGCCCCGUCACCACCAGCUAUGGAUCGUCCACCUCCUCGGACUUUGCUAAGGCAGACCUCAUGGACCUCUGUCAACACCCAGAUUGUGCCUUCCAGGUUCGACUGAUAUCAGUUCAUGACCAUAAACACCACGACGAGCUGCCACUAGACCAGUUAUACCCGACACACUGCGAUGAACUGAGUGGCAGUACGGGCACAGAAACCACCUUCUGGACAGCGCAAUCCCACCAAGAAGCAUCGGAUGAUGGUUACACUGAAGUAGAGGAACCAGGGCAACCAGGAGAACCAAAAAUAAUAGAGAACCUAGAAGAAAUUGAGAGUCUGGAAGAACUAGAGAGGUUGGAAGAGCCAGAGGAACCAGAGGAACCAAACGAACUGAACCCGGAGGAAACGGGGCUGGUGGAUAAGAAGCUGAAGAAGGCUAAACGAACGGAGAAACCACGACAGAAACCAGAGUCCCGACACACACCUUUUGAGAUAAACUUAUACCAAGCAUCCUGGUUUCACAAACUCGAUAUGUCCGAAGAUGGCUCUUCACUAGCUGAAGAAGAUCUCGACUUCCUUGCCUCAAAACCAUUCGAGGCAUCCACACGACAACAGUUACGACGUAGCGUCCGGCAGGCGUUCAAGAAAACCUCGAUACCCAUUCGCCAAAAACUAGGACAAUGGAAGAAAGCGAUAUUGAAAUGGCUAGGUGAACGGUAG